CUUAUUAAAUAGUUGUUCUUGGACGGAAUGGAGGAUUUUCCUUCCAACUGCGAAGUCCUCAUUCUAGGAACAGGGCUUGUCGAAAGUAUUGUUGGUGCUGCGUGCUCAAGAAUUGGCAAAUCAGUUGUUGUAUUGGAUCGAAACAACUUCUACGGGGGAGAUUGGGCUACAUUUUCAGUGCGUAAUCUGAUAGAAUGGUUGGGAAAGCGCUCGGCAUCAGAAUACCAGAUGGAGACGAACUCUCAACCAGUGUCUUUGCAGAAAGACGAAAUUGCCUUCGAAAUACCUCAAAUCGUAUCUCCCAAUAUAACAGACAUAUCAUACUGGAGUUUUUCGAAGGAAAAUCGAAAAGACAUACAGAGUGAUGAUAAUCAGGAGAACAUAGACCAAGAUUUAGAACCCAAUGCCACAAGCAGUGACAGCGUCACCAAUUCUGAAGUGUUUAGUUUGACUAGAGAGCAGAAAGAAGAACUCUUGGAUGACUUAGAUAAAUAUGGAAACAGAUUCAAUAUCAGUCUCUGUUCUAAGAUUUUGAUAGCGAGGGGCCAACUGGUGCAACUGUUGGUUGAUUCUGCCACCAGUAGAUACUGCGAGUUCCUCGCACUUCACGAUCUCAACUUCCUCUACCACUCCAAGUUUCAGAAGGUGCCCUCUUCUCGCUCGGAUGUGUUCAAGAACAGUUUGAUCUCACUGGUGGAGAAGCGACAGAUGAUGAGAGUUCUGGAGUUCUGCAUGAAUGAAGAAACUGUUUCACUUUCUCAAGAAGAGAACUCAGUGCCCUUCGUGACUUAUCUGCAGACAGUUCAUGCAGUCAGCGAGAGACUAGCGCACAUUAUAGUAAUGCAUGUUCUCUACCAGGCCAAGGACGCAUCUACUGAAAAUUGUUUAAGCAGACUACGUGUGUUCUGCGAAUCUCUUGGAGUCUACUCGAACUCUCCUUAUCUCUUUGCCAUGUACGGAGUGGGAGAACUUCCUCAGUGCUUUGCCAGAAUGAAUGCAAUUUUCGGAGGAGUCUUCAUCCUCGGUUCGGAAGAAGCGCCUGCUAAACUCAUAACAGCAAAUGCAUCCAAAGUCACAAAAGAAACUGAAAUAGCUGAGAAGGUUAAUUCGAAUCAUCAGCAGUCCAGAGCGUGUGCUGUGGUGACUGCAUCAGGAAAGGUCAUCACUUGUGAACACCUGGUGUCAGAGUCCAGUUAUCUUCCCAAAUCUUUGUUGCCAACUUUUGUCAAGUCUAGAAGAUCAUAUGUACGUGGAGUUUUCAUCACCAGCAGACGUCUAGACUCCUCGAAAGAAUCUGCGGUAGUUUUGGUCAGCAUUCCACCACCGGAAGGAAGGAGACAUCCACUGAGGCUGAUAGAAGAAACAGCACAGGCAUGCUCAACACAUGAGAAGUUCUAUCUCCUGCAAGCAAUUACUGAAGAUGAAGACAGUUCUCUCUGUUCGAAGGAACAAAUCGAUUUAUAUCUGAACCAACUUAUCAAGCCACUCUCUUCUACAGAAGAAGAUUCGCGAGUUGCUUACAUAACUUCGCUUUACUUCCGCUACCUGUUCGUUGAAACCUCGUCCGAUGAGUCGCCUCUGCAAAAUGUUCACGUUACUAGUGGACCUGACAGUGAGCUGGGCUUCGAUCAAAGUGUCGAACAGGCGAGAGGAAUCUUUUCGAAAAUUUUUCCAAACGAAGAGUUUCUGCCGAGGGCCCCAGACCCAAGUGAUGUAAUAAUCGGGGAAACAGAACCACAAAGUACAUCAGAACCCGACGGCCCGAAAGAAGGAAAAUCAAAUCAGGAAACAGCUGAAAUAGAUUCAAACUAUGAAGAAAAAAUAAUUGAAGAUGAACAAGCAGAAGAGAAGGUUGAAAAUGUUUCCUGAACCAGCAAAUAUUUAAUGUUCGUGCUCUAUUCUAGUUUCGCAGAGCUUAACUCAUACUGCGAUUGUAAACGAGUUCUGGACGGUUGCUGAAAAGGGAUUCGAGAAUUUUUUGGAUUCGAGAAACUGUUUAAGAGAUGGUGGUAGCGAGUGUAAUGUGUAAUGUAUACUAUAGAUUAGAAUCAACUUCACCGAUCACGUUCCAUCAUUGAAUCGUCAUCAAUUCAAAUGAAAACUGCUUUUAAAAAUUCUUCAUUGAGAUCUCUUUCUCGAACUGAGCUUAUUUCGAGGAUGAACUCGUUGCUCCAUGAGUUUAUGGUGAUCUGCUUCUUAAAUAUAUAGUUCUGAGAUCUUGAUUUAUUUAUGUAAAAU